AACUGUUGCCAUCGUAUUUCUCUUGCGAAUAAUGAGGUAUACAAAGCGGCUCCAGUUUGGGCAAGGCUGAAAGGUGUGCCCCUGGAGUGUUGGAAUCCGACUGCUUUAAGUAUCAUCAACUCAUGGAUUGGAACUCCAAUUGCGACCGAUAAAAUCAUAAAGAAUAGGGACUGCCUUGCAUAUGCUCGUGUUCUUGUCGAGGUUGAUGUUACCUCCUCCCUUCCAGAGUUUGUUGAGGUCUGGGCACCUGGAAACAGGUGUUUUAAAGUUGAGGUUGAAUAUGAAAACUUACCUGCAUUCUGUUCGUUCUGCUCUAUGCUUGGGCAUAAAUGCGAUACAGAGGACCAACGACGAGCUCGAAUUCAAAGACAAGUAGAGUUUCGACGACCUCCCCCUAGAACAGUCAAGACUCAGGGGAGGAAAGUGCCUCCCCCUGCGGGACCAGGCAGGUCUGCUCCAGUCCAUAAUGAUCAACCAGUACCCCUAUCGAAUCGCUUUGAGGCUUUCGAUCAAAACACAGUGGAGGACCUUCCAAACCCUGUGGCCGAGACCACUGCUGCCAUUGCUGUUGACACUGAGACAACUGCUGCCACUGCUGGUGACACUGAGGCAGCUGACCAGGGCUGGGACGCCAGCAAUCUGGCCCCAGAGGACGAGCACAAGUCGAAAGGCAAGGAUUUAUCUCCAGAGACAAGACCUGCAGGGUCCCUUUGUCAUUCUCCAGCAGCUAACAGCAAGUCUGGAUGCUCUUCUGAGGCAUCUAAAUCUUCUAUGGCACCCCCAGAUACUAAUUUGAUAACUGAGAAGAACUCGGUUAGCAAUAAUAAUCAAGAGGGAGGUGACACAGUGGAUCCUUCGAACAGCCAGAGGCAGCUGCUCCAUGCAGAAGUCUCAGAUAAACACCAACAGCUUGAUAACCAACAGCAGGUUGAUAACAGGCCCUACUUGAGCUCUCAAGCUCCUGUGACUAAUCUUGUGGAUCCCAACGGGCCAUUCACUCGUAGAAGAAUGAGGGAUCAGGCCUCCGGUCGCAAAUGAAAGUCGGAGCUUGGAAU